CAUGGAUGUCUUAUUAAUAACUUUAGUUAAUUUCGAGAACUUAAGACAACAAUUAACUUAAUUAAAGACAAAUCUCUUUGGGACUAUCUAAAACUAUUCAAAUGAAUUCAACCUCCUCGAAAAAAGAAAGGAAGAUUUGUUUUUAAUAAGUAUGCUUGUGAUUUUACAGUGAAUCUAGAGGAUCUAUAGAAAUUGGGCUUACAUAAAGAAUGAGAACUCAAGGUUGAUUUAAAUAAAUGUUUUACUGAUUUGAAAUAUGCUAAGGAGAUUAUGUUCCCAAAAGACAGAUUCUAUGUAUGUGAAAAAAGAGAUUAAUAUGUUUAUAAGUUAAAUAAAUU